UCCCACGACACCCAGGAUGUACACAGUGGUAGUUUGUGUGGCCACAGUCGCCUUGUUCGCCCAAGGAGGGCUGACGAAGCCUAGUGGAGCUCACUACGGUAGUGCCGGUCACGGCGGAGCUGGCUGGUCCGGAGCUGUCUAUGGAGCUGGAUACGGUGCUGGCUAUGGUGCUGGAUACGGAGCUGGAUACGACGGUCCCAAGUACCAUGGACCACUUGCAGUGCCAGUGGUGCUUCCCGAUGGUCACAUAGCCGACACACACGAAGUUGCAGCUGCAAAACACGCACAUCUGUCAGCUGUAGCUAAGGCGGCCGCUACCACAGGAUACGCCGGGGGAUACGACGACGGAAGCUACCAUGGCGACGCAGGAGCUGGAUACGCAGGCGCUGGAUACGCAGGCGCUGGACAUGGUGCUGGAUACGGUGGUGCAGGAUACGCAGGCGCUGGCUACGCUGGAGCAGGCUACGCUGGAGCGGCUGGACAUGGCGCCUACGACGGACCUAAGUACCACGGACCUCUCGCCACCCCUGUUGUUCUCCCUGAUGGACACAUCGCCGACACCCAUGAGGUAGCAGCUGCCAAGGGAGCUCACUUUGUGGCCCUAGCCAAGGCAAAGGCAGCCAGCCACGCCGCUGGGUACGGUGGUGACUACGACGGAUCGUACGCUGGAGGUUAUGGAGCUGGAGCCCUCGGUGCUGGUGCAGGAUACGCUGGUGCAGGAUAUGGUGGUGCAGGAUACGCUGGUGCAGGAUACGCUGGUGCAGGAUAUGGUGCUGGCUAUGGUGGCGCUCCCUACCACGGACCCAUCGCCAAGCCCGUGGUCCUACCCUCAGGCUACCUCGCCGACACCCAUGACGUCGCCGCCACCAAGGGAGCACACCUCGCCGCCGUGGCGCACGCCGCGCACUCCCACGCUGGAUGGGCGCCUCAUGGACACGGAUACCAUUGAGACAAACUGUGAUACCAGGACCUCUUCCCUCCCUUUUUGUAAAUAUGUCACCUCUUAGUUUUAAUAAAUAAGUGUAACAAAUGUGAUUCUCAUUCUAUAUUUAUGUGCAAUUAAAGGUCAGUAUGAACUAACCUAUAA